AAUCCUUCCAGCAUAGACUAUCUGUGCUUCAUAAAUGGUUACCACCGCUGUCGGCCGUUUGAAGGCCGUUUCCCUUGUUAAACUUCAACUCGAAGGGUGACUUUAUCUCUUAAUUAUUCUCCUUCAGCCGGCAGCAUCCUCACAGGCGCUGGAGAAAGAGGAAGAGCAGACAGACGGAUUAAAGUUGGAGCGGUUAAAGGAAUGAAGAUACCUGCCAUGACGGAGCGGAUAAAGUGGAAGAGAUAAAUAACACUGGGGAGACACACACGGACACAGAACAAGCAGCCCUUCUGCCUCCGUUAUGGAGCAAGAAGCUGCAGCUCGGGAGGAUGCAGACUCACAGCUGAUGUACAGGAUUGAGCGCCCAGUCUAUGAUGAAGACUUCAUCCGGUCGCAACUUCUCAACCCCAAAGAAAACUCUAGCACCCUUCGACAGAGGCUGGCAUACAAAUGCAGGUGUUCUUCCGAGAAGGCCAAGGCAACGGCUUUGAGCUUUCUGCCUAUUCUAUCAUGGCUGCCAGCCUAUCCAGUCAAGGAGUACCUGUUUUCGGACGUGGUCUCCGGUCUCAGCACAGGAGUUGUGCAGCUCCCUCAAGGUCUAGCCUAUGCUAUGCUGGCUGCUGUGCCCCCAGUGUAUGGUCUGUACUCGUCAUUCUACCCGGUCCUGCUCUACACCUUCUUUGGCACGUCCAGACACAUAUCCGUAGGCACCUUUGCCGUGAUAAGUCUGAUGAUCGGGGGUGUUGCAGUGAGGGAGGCCCCAGACUCCAUGUUUUACGUCCCGCAUGGCAAUGGAUCCAACACGUCUCUAAUCCUGGACGUGGAGGCUCGUGAUGCCAGGAGGGUGCAGGUGGCAGUUGUUCUUACAACCCUGGUGGGAAUCAUCCAGUUUGUUCUAGGUCUUCUCAGGUUUGGUUUUGUGGCUAUCUACCUCACAGAGCCCCUGGUGCGAGGCUUCACUACAGCAGCAGCAGUGCACGUCGUCGUCUCCCAGCUCAAGUACCUGCUGGGGGUGAAAACUCAGCGCUUCGCUGGCCCCCUCUCUGUUAUUUAUAGCAUCAAGGCGGUACUCAGCGACAUCACAAGCACCAAUGUCGCCACUCUCAUCCUGGGCCUCGUGUGCCUCGUCUUCCUGUACGGGGUCAAAGACCUCAACGAGCGUUUCAAGAAGAAGCUGCCCAUUCCCAUUCCUGGAGAGAUUAUCGUGGUCAUUGUGUCAACAAGCGUUUCUUUUGGACUGUCCUUAUCUGACGACUACAAAGUGGACGUGGUUGGGAAGAUCCCAACGGGGCUUCUCCCUCCUGCUGCCCCAGAGUUCUCUCUGUUACCCAAUUUGGUCACAGACUCCUUCGCUGUCGCAAUUGUAGGAUUCUCAAUGGGAAUCUCACUCGCCAAGAUCUUUGCCCUGAAGCACGGCUACAGCGUGGACGGGAACCAGGAGCUGAUCGCCCUGGGCCUGUGUAACUUUAUUAGCUCUUUCUUCCAAACCUUCGCCAUCACUUGCUCCAUGUCAAGGAGUCUGGUACAGGAGAGCACCGGUGGAAAAACACAGAUUGCAGGGCUGCUAGCGUCCCUCAUGGUGCUGCUGGUGGUGGUGGCCAUCGGUUUCGUCUUCCAGCCGCUCCCACAGACUGCACUGGCUGCCAUCAUCAUGGUCAAUCUGUUGGGGAUGUUCAAACAGUUCAGAGACAUUCCCGGUCUGUGGAAGACCAGCAAGAUCGAACUGGCCAUCUGGCUGGUGGCCUUCAUAGCGUCUGUGCUGCUGGGACUGGAUUAUGGCCUCUUGGUUGCCAUCGCAUUCGCCAUACUAACAGUCAUCUACAGAACACAGAGCCCUAAAAAUUCCAUCCUGGGCCAUGUUCCCGGCACAGGGCUGUACUGUGAUGUGGAUGAGUAUGAAGAGGCAGCUGAAUAUGAAGGGAUUAAGAUUUUCCACUCCAACUCUUCAAUCUACUUUGCCAACAGUGACCUUUAUGUGAACGCCCUCAAGGAGAAGACGGGAGUUAACCCUGAUCACUUGCAAGCUGCCCAGAAAGCCCGAAAUAAACGUAAGGAGAAGGCAAACGGCACCAACAACUCUCCACUGAAGAUGUGUGCAAAGUAUAACGAGAGAGGAGUGACACAUGAGGUUUUGUCCCUUAACCACGUGGCAGAAGAGCAAAAAGGCCAGACAGGACACAGCAGCAGCGAAUCACUCUCAGAGGAGAUGGUUUUCAUUGGUCCCCUCAGUGCUGUCCACACCAUCAUCCUGGACUGGACGCCUGCCAGCUUCAUCGACUCUGUGGGGGCCAAAGCCAUCAAACAGGUUAUUAAGGAAUACGCAGCUGUGGACGUUCAAGUUGUCAUAGCCGGCUGCAGCAGAAACCUACUGUCUGAGCUGGACACCUUACAGUUUUUCACCGAGGCCAUGACUCCAGAGAUGAUGUUUCCCACCGUCCACGACGCUGUACUGCGCUGUCAGCGCUCCCAUCCCAAGCCACUCCAACCUGACAGGAGAUGACACCUGAGGGUCCUGAGGGAGACGGCAGAUGUGCUGAACAAUCGUUCAUAUUGAAUAGAGUGUUUGUAGUACAGGUGGAUGCUUUUUGAAGCACACCCGAUGAGUCUGACAAAGUUGAUGUAAAGCUGCCAAGGGCAGCGAGAUACAAGGAGGUUUAAUGAGGCUUUUAUCCAAUCAGAAACUCAGGCCUGAGUUUCCAGCUGACAUUCCCACAGCCUUAUUCCCCUCUGGGAUUGUUUAGAGUUGCACUUUUUAAGUCUUUUUGUAGUUGUGUUUAACUUGAAUCAUCACUGUUUUCAAGGUUUGUUUAGAGAUAGUUGGAUUAUUUUAAAGUGGGGUUGUAUGAGAAAAACUACUUUUAAUAAACCAACAAGAGAUUUGACCAGAUUACAGUUAACAAAAAUGCAGCAUCAUGAGGACACAGACAAAACUGUUUAGAGUUGAUUAAUAUCCCCUGCCAUUUAGGACUGCAUUCUGCAGUUAUGUUUUCAUAAUUACACAUUUUUAAAUCAACCGCCUCUUUAAUAGCAUUUCUGGGUAGAUAUAUUUUAUGUUUUUAGGAUUCUGGUCACACUGACAUAAAAAUUAACAAAUUACAGCAUCAGUACAUUGUUUAACUUCUGUCAGUACUCCAUCUACUGUAGGAAAUAUGCUGACUAUGGAUAGCUCCCUCAUACAACCCCAUUUCAAUAAAUCUAUGAAAAUAUUAAUGUAGAGUAAGCGGCUGCUGUCUAAAUGACCUUGUUAGAAAUAUUCCUGCUUGUGGUGAAAACUUCUGUGAAACUGCUGAGAAGCUGCCAGUCAUCAUGCUGGAAUAAGUUGUUUAUGGUUACUGAGAAGUUGUGUUCUGAUGGUAUUCUAUUUCCAGCCGUAUUUCUGUGUAAUUGUGUAUUUAAGCCAGCGAAAGCUAUCAAUGGUCAAGCUCCAGUAUAAGGUGUUUAUUGUACACUGCUGUUUUAUUCUUCAUUACAGCAUAACAAAUGUUUUCCUAUUUUUUUUUUUUAACAAAGCUGUAGCUGUGCGGUUACUGUAAAACACAGGAUGCCUUUAAUGUUUCUAUGUGGUUGUUUUACAUUUAACAGAAUCACUGAGGCUGAAAUCUGGAAUAAACUUUAUUUAAGUGAACAACAAUGACAACAAAA